GUCCUUUCUUUCUUUAGAGUUUCUGCAUCUUCCCCAACUCCGUUUUCGUCGCAUCCCGUACUGCGACUUCUCAGGAUUGCAUUAAUUGUUGGCCUGAGAUAUCAAGAGGCUCACCAAGUCUCUGGGAAUUAAAUGCUUUUGGUUGAGCUAUCAAAAUCAUUCUAGCUCAAGUGGUAAAAGGUUUUUGAGGAGUGGCCUGGCCUGUCUUUGACCCAAAGAAAGAAAAAGUAUAUUUUUUUAUUUGGUCAUGGCAGAUUGUAAAUCUGCAGUCCCUGAAUUAGAAGGGGAAGAGGAUUUAAUUGCGGCGGCUAAGUCGAUAGCAAGGGCAUUGGGGUCUAAGAAGAAUCUUACAGAUGAAGCAAGGAAGAUUCUGGUUGAUCUUGGCACCCAAUUGUCUUCUAUUGCCAUACCCGAAGAGAGAAAAGAUGAGGGGAUUUGUGAGAUUGAGAGUCUACUUGAUGCUGUGCAAGAGAAGGUCAUGAGUUGGGAAUCAGAUCAGUCCAUGAUAUGGGAUGCAGGCCUCGAUGAGGCUUUUGAGUAUCUAAAUGCUGCAGAUAAAGCUCGGAAAUUGACUGAGAGAUUGGAGAGUUUGUGUUUGAGUAAGGGUGAUUGUGAUGAUGAUGGUGGUGGUCAUGAUGAGAAGCGUGAGCUGCAAAGGAGGGCUUAUGAUGUUCUUCAGAUGGCAAUGGAUAGGCUUGAUGAAGAGUUUAGAUACAUGCUUGUCCAGAACAGGCAACCAUUUGAGCCCGAACACAUGUCUUUUCGUUCGAGCGAGGAUGAGACUCUUGAUGAGGGCUCCAUAAACUCUUAUGGGGAUGAUUCUUUUGAGUCUCCUCUGAACAGAGAUAGUCUCAGCCGAGUCUCUGAGGAAUUCCUCGUUGAUUUGGUUCAUCCCCAUGUGCUUCCUGAGCUUCGAAGCAUUGCAAAUUUGAUGUUCAAUUCGAAGUACGAUAGGGAAUGUGUCCAGACUUAUACUAGUCUGCGAAAGGAUGCGUUGGACGAGUGCUUGUUCAUUCUUGAGAUGGAGAAACUGAGCAUUGACGAUGUGCUCAGAAUGGAGUGGACCAACUUGAAUUCCAAAAUCAGGAGGUGGAUUUGGGCUAUGAAGAUCUUUGUCCGGGUUUAUCUUGCUAGUGAGAAAUGGCUUUGUGACCAGAUCUUCGGGGAGCUUGGACCGAUCAGUCUAGUGUGUUUCAUUGAGUCGUCGAAGACUUCGAUAUUGCAGCUUCUGAAUUUCAGUGAAGCCAUGUCUAUUGGCCCCCAACAACCAGAGAAGCUGUUCCGAAUUCUUGACAUGUAUGAGGUUCUUGGGGAUCUUAUUCCUGAUAUAGAAGCCUUGUACAUGGGAGAGGCUGGUUCUUCCAUAACAGCGGAAUGUCACCAGGUUUUUAGCAGAUUAGGCAACUGUGUGAGGGCUACUUGCAUUGAAUUCCAGAAUGCUAUUCUGUCUAACCACUCGAAUAAUCCGAUUUCAGGAGGUGGAAUCCAUCCACUAACCAGGUAUGUCAUGAACUACAUCAGGACUCUCACCGACUAUAGUGAGACCCUAAAUUUGCUUUUCAAGGACCAUGAUGAUGAAGGGGAUCACAUUGCAUUAUUGUCUCCCGAUGCGAGUCCAACUACAGAAGAGGAAGAUAAAAGCAGAGUUUCCCCAAUGGCUCGAUAUUUUGUAUCACUUGCUGUGGUUUUGGAACGCAACCUUGAUGCCAAGUGCAAGUUGUACAAAGAAAUUUCUUUGCAGCACUUGUUCUUGAUGAACAACAUACAUUACAUGGCUCAGAAGGUGAAAGGGUCUGAACUAAACGCUAUAUUUGGAAGUGAAUGGAUUAAGAAAUGCAACGGGAAAUUCCAACAUCACGCAAUGGACUACCAAAGAGCCACUUGGGGUUCAAUCCUUUCUUUGUUCAAGGAUGAGGGAAUACAGAACCCGGGCUUGAAUUCAAUCUCGAAAAUCCGUCUCAAGGAGAGGUUCAGGAGCUUUUAUCUCGCUUUCGAGGAAAUUUACCGAACUCAAACAGCAUGGAUUGUUCCGGAUAUUGAGCUCCGAGAAGACCUCAGAAUCUCAACAUCCCUCCAAGUAAUCCAAGCUUACAGGACAUUCGCGGGAAGACAUUCUACUCACAUAAAUGAUAAGAGCAUCAAGUACAGUGCUGAUGAUUUGGAGAAUUUUCUUUUGGAUCUGUUUGAGGGAUCCCCAAAAUCAUUACAGAAUCCAGGUAGAAGGUGAUUGCCACGAUUAUAGUGUAACUUAAAAGAGUCGAGCUUUUUGUGUCCUUGUCUGCUUGCUCUUGUUUGUGUCCUGUAUAGUGUUAUAUGAUUGAAGAUGUUUUUUCAUCAUUUUAUUUAUUUGUGA